AUGCGCAUCUCCACAAUCUUCCUCCUCGCCGCCACCGCCACGCUCACCGCCGCAAGCCCCCUCGACCUUGCCUGUCCAGAAUACAAAGCCGACUUUGAUGCCAUCAGAAAAGACCCUACAAAGCUCAACCAAAUAGAGGAAGUCAAGAGUUUCUCGCAGGUAGCUGAUAGUCUCGGAAAAUCUCGUAUGAUCCACAAAGUUACUACUACCACUAGCCGAUAA